UCCUACCACGCUUGCUAAUGUUGCUCCUUGGAGUGGUGGCUUUCAUCGCUCCCUCCCUAGCUGGCUAUGGCUUCAACUUACCAGAGAAGAAGCGGUUCCAUCCAUUUGAGAAGCCACCAUUCGAGAAGCUGCACCGGAAACACGGCCCACCGACUUCUGAAAAGCUGCCCCAAGAACAUGUGCCACCACAUUUGAAGAUACCACCGUCAGAUCACAAGCCCCCAUUUGAGAAGCUACUUAAAGAACAUAUACUGCUACGAUUCGAAGAACCACCCUUCGAAGAUGGGGCUCCAUGUGAAAAGCCUCCCCCAGAAUACAAGCCACCACAAAUCAAAGAACCAACCUUAGAACAAAUGGCCCCAUUUGAGAAGCCACCUGAGGAGCCACCACAAUACAUGAAACCUCCACCAGAACACGUGCCUCCAUUUGAAAAGCCUCCCCCAGAACACAAGCCGCCAAAAUGUGAGGAACCACCCUCAGAACACAAGCCUCCAUUUGAAAAGCCUCCCCUGGAACACCAACCACUACAAUUUGAAGAACCGCCCCCAGAUCACAAGCCUCCAUUUGAAAAGCCUCCCCCGGAACAAGAGCCACCACAAUUCGAGAAACCACCCCCAGAACAUAAGCCUCCAUUUGAAAAGCCUCCCCUAGAACACCAACCACCACAAUUUGAAGAACCGCCCCCAGAGCACAAGCCUCCAUUUGAAAAGCCUCCCCCGGAACACGAGCCACCACAAUUCGAGAAACCACCCCAAGAACAUAAGCCUCCAUUUGAAAAGCCUCCCCUGGAACACCAACCACCACAAUUUGAAGAACCGCCCCCAGAGCACAAGCCUCCAAUUGAAAAGCCUCCCCCGGAACACGAGCCACCACAAUUCGAGAAACCACCCCCAGAACAUAAGCCUCCAUUUGAAAAGCCUCCCCUGGAACACCAACCACCACAAUUUGAAGAACCGCCCCCAGAGCACAAGCCUCCAUUUGAAAAGCCUCCCCCGGAACACGAGCCACCACAAUUCAAGAAACCACCCCCAAAACAUAAGCCUCCAUUUGAAAAGCCUCCCCCAGAACACGAGCCACCACAAUUCGAGAAACCACCUCCAAAACAUAAGCCUCCAUUUGAAAAACCUCCCCUAGAACACGAGCCACCACAAUUCAAGAAACCACCCCCAAAACAUAAGCCUCCAUUUGAAAAGCCUCCCCCAGAACACGAGCCACCACAAUUCGAGAAACCACCCCCAAAACAUAAGCCUCCAUUUGAAAAGCCUCCCCCAGAACACGAGCCACCACAAUUCGAGAAACCACCCCCAAAACAUAAGCCUCCAUUUGAAAAGCCUCCCCUAGAACACCAACCACCACAAUUUGAAGAACCGCCCCCAGAGCACAAGCCUCCAAUUGAAAAGCCUCCCCCUGAACACAAACCACCACAAUUUGAAAAACCGCUCCCAGAACACAAGCCUCCAUUUGAAAAGCCUCCCCUACAGCACGAGCCACCACAAUUCGAGAAACCGCCCCCAAAACACAUGCCUCCAUUUGAAAAGCCUCCUUUGGAACACCAACCACCACAAUUUAAAGAACCACCCCCAGAUCACAAGCCUUCAUUUGAAAAGCCUCCUUUGGAACACCAACCACCACAAUUUAAAGAACCGCCCCCAGAUCACAAGCCUUCAUUUGAAAAGCCUCCCCUAAAUCACAAGCCACCAUUAUCGGAGGAACCACUCCCAGAACACAAGCCUCCAUUUGAAAAGCCACCUACUCAAGAACACAACCUCCCAUCCUUUUCAAAGCCGCUCCCAGAAUACAAGCCACCCACAUUUGAACAUAAGCCCCUACAAUUCGAGAACCCACCCCAAGAGCACCAGCCACCUCCAACAAAGAAGUAGUCACCUCAUGGCCACAUCCUCAACCAUCCUCCAAUGGAAGAAGCUCUACACUCAUACAAGCCACAGCGUGUGGUACUGAAGCCGGGCACUGGUCCAUCUAAGAAACUGGCCCCACUGAAGAAGAACUCUCCAACACUGUUGAUUGGAAGCAGCCAUGAAUAAUCAAGCCACCUUACAAGCGUCCACCAUCCAACCAUCUUCAAGUGGCUUAGCUAAGCUACGUAUGUAUUGAUAGAUAAAAGAGGUGCUACUACCCUCUUCCAUUGUAUGCACCAGUAUGCUUUGUGAUCCUCUAAUAGUACAUUUACUUCUAUGAGAAUUGCUAGG